AUGAGCCUUCGAAUAUGGGCUGGAAAGAAGCUCUACGGAGACACGUCGUCGAUGCAGGUGUUCUAUAUUGGUCGACGAAGCAUUCUGAAGCGGCGAUGCCAUCUCUCAGAGCUGGAAGCAAUAGAAUACGUCCGGACGAAUACAACUAUUCCUGUACCAGCAAUUUACAAAGUGUACGGGAAGGGUGAUUACCGGGAUGUUGUUUUGGAGCGGCUCCCUGGACAUGAUUUAGCCCAUGCCUGGAGGUCAUUAACAGCAAAACAGAAGUCAGAAAUUGUCAAGGAGCUUGCCGGAUAUGUGUCGCAGCUGCGCCAGCUACAGCCUCCAAAGAAAGGCGUGGUUGGGUCACCAUCACUCGGCCCAGGGUAUGAUCACCGUCUUGGGGGACAACGUUUCGGGCCAUUUAAUCUCACCGACUUCCACAACUAUGUGCGGCGGGGUGUGGAUUUAGAAUCAUGGAAGGCGCGUGAUGAAAGUGUUUCUCAAGUGCAUAAUCGAUCUAACACCUAUGCUACAAAGUUCACGCAUGCUGAUCUAUCGCCCUCAAACAUCAUAGUUGCGGAUGGAAAGAUCUUAGGUAUCAUUGAUUGGGAAUUUGGCGGCUGGUUUCCGGAAUAUUGGGAGUAUACAAAAAUCUAUUUUGGGUUUCGUGACUGGCGCAAAGAUUUCUACAGUGAAGUUGAGAGUGCAUUUACGGUGUACCCUGAGGAGCUCGAUGCCGAACAGGCAAUAUGGCUAGUAACGGGUCCGUUUGACUAUUAUCCAGCCACCACGGUUGUUACGAAUUAA